UCUCUGUGUGUGAGCAAGAGCUUUUUUCCCUUCCAUCCUUUCACAGCCACAGGUCAUUAGGCUGAGCUGCCUGAAACUGCCUGAUGCUAUUUUUCACCAGCUUGACUUCAGAAGACAGGUCUGUGGAUGUGCCUCGCUUUCUGCCUCGGCUGGGCUGUAGCAAAAAGGCUCAGUGCUGUGGCUGCUGCAGCUCCCCUCCCAGAACAAACUUGCUGAAGGAUUCCUCCCCCUCCACAGAGCAACAAGAAUGACACAGAUGCAGUUUAAAGAUGCAUUUUGGUGCAAGGAGUUCACCUUCCACACUGGCUAUGAGGUGCUUGUACAACGGCUGUUGGAUGGGAGGAAGAUGUGCAAAGAUGUGGAGGAUUUGCUCAGGCAGAGAGCACAAGCAGAAGAGAGAUAUGGGAAAGAGCUGAUUCAAAUCGCCAGGAAAGCAGGAGGACAAACAGAAAUCAACACACUGAAGGCAGCAUUUGAGAGUCUCAAGCAACAAAUUGAAAGUGUUGGAAACUCUCAUGUCCAGCUGGCAGUAAUGCUGAAGGAUGAACUGAAAGGCAUUGAGGAGUUCCGAGAACGACAGAAGGAGCAAAGAAAAAAGUAUGAGUCUGCAAUGGAGCGUAUGCAGAAGAGCAAGCUGUCCCAUUAUAAGAAAACAAUGGAGUCAAAGAAGACCUAUGAACAGAAGUGCAAGGAGGCGGAUGAGGCCGAGCAGUCCUUUGAACGCACAAGUGCUUCGGGCAACCAAAAGCAAACAGAAAAGAGUCAGAACAAAGCCAAGCAAUGCAGAGAUGCAGCAAAUGAAGCAGAGAACGUGUACAAACAGAACAUUGAGCAGCUGGAUAAGGUCAGGACAGAGUGGGAACAGGAACAUAUCAAAACCUGUGAGGUCUUCCAGCUCCAGGAGUGCGACCGCAUCACCAUCCUCCGCAACUCGCUGUGGGUUCACUGCAACCAGCUCUCCAUGCAGUGCGUGAAGGAUGACGAGCUGUAUGAAGAGGUUCGGGUAAGCUUGGAGAACUGCGUUGUAGAGUCAGACAUAGACUACUUCAUUAAGACUAAAAUGACAGGAACACAACCCCCAGAUGCAAUAGGAUAUGAGAACUACUACAGCAGAGAACCACACAGAAGCAACUCCAGCCCAACCCAGUCUUGUGGGAUGAUGAAGAGGUUCUCUGAACUACUGCAUGGAAGCAGCAAAAACAACACGGAAAGUGCCACUCCUUCAGGCCCUCCUCUCGCGCCCCCAGCAGUGAAAGCUGACGGAGUCUACGCAUCCAUUUUUGUAAAUGAACAAGCUGGAAUCACAUCAUCACAGGACUACAGAGUACUUUAUGACUACACAGCCCAGAACAUGGAUGAAUUGGACAUCAGUGAAGGAGACAUUGUAGCUGUCAUUGAAGAAAAUGAGGAUGGCUGGUGGACAGCAGAAAGGAAUGGGCAGCGAGGCUUUGUGCCAGGGUCUUAUCUUGAAAAGCUUUGAUGAAAUGAAGCCACAAUCCUUGAACUUUAAAAAUAUUCUAUUACUGAAAAAAACCCAGCAUGCAAGGUCUGCUUCAGCUGACCAAGGGCAACCCAUAAUACUGUCUUCUACAAUUACCAGUCAGGAAAUAACCAACUGACCAUGCUUUCCUCUUCCUUCCUCCUGCCCCAUCCCAGCAUCUUCUGGUCUACACUGUCUGCAAAACCAUCAUCACCUCAAAGAAACAAAACCUUCUGUUUCUUACCACAGUUCUUACCCUCAGCAUAUUGUGCUGCCAUCACUGUUGCAAAGCCUGGCGGAUCUGGGAGGAAAAUCCUGCCCAGAACUUUACUACACUAAAGGAAAAACAUCAUAGAAGCAAAUGCUGUUUCUCCAGGAUGGAGGACCACCUCCAGCCAGCCUGUAAGCCACCCUUGUGGUCACAGCAGCUAUGUUCUCUCCCAUGGGUCCCCUCCCCUGACAGCAUAGGCUAUGCACGCAUUUUUGACCGUGGGGUGAAAAUAUACAGCUUUGAUGUCACAGGGUCUUAGCUGUACAAAGCAAGGAAAAAGCUCUCCAGUUCCUUUUAACAGCCUCCUUUCAAGUUCCCCUUGCAGCACAUGGGGAACCCUCCACUGUUCUUCAUCAGAGUCACUGAUUAAGACAUGAAAAACAAUGGACCAGCUAGAGAGAAGCAACCGAAAGACCAAAACACAUCACUAGUAAGAAAAUACAAAGAACUCCCUAUCACAGCCAUCUCCUAAUACAAUGAAAUCCAUGCUAUCCAUGGCUCUGCUUUGCACUAGAUUCUGAGGCAGGAAAAUAAGGACAGAUGAUGAGCUGAAGGCUCACUUUUGCCUUGGCUGGAUGGUUUCCCUGACACAUCCCUGGGAUUUUUUCAUAUUUAAAAGAACAACAGAAAGAAUAAGUAAGCCAAGCCUCCAGCAAUGUAGCACUGCCCAGAUCCCUCUCCUCUGAUUACCAGGGAGCAGUGCCCAUUAUGUCCUCAUGCAAUCUGCAUACCUUUGUCAUCAGUGCAUGCUCCUUUCUACUCUGUCCACCUGUCUGAUCCACUCCUCUUCUGCCCACAGGCUCUUCUGUCUCUAACUGCUAUCUAUAGCCUCUGCACCUCUGGGAUUGCUGGCAUAGACAUGUCCUUGCUCCUUUCUGGGCACUUUUGAUGUGCUUGUUCUUCAACAAAUCCUCUUCAGAGAAGUCACACUAUGCAGGUUCACUGUACUUCACAGACCUCAGGUCUAUCAACCUUUCUAGUUGAGUGUUUAAGAAUGUUUCCAACUGCCACUGUACUUACAGGGAUCAAUAGAUUCUGUCACUCUUCCCUUUUCAGGAUUUUGAGACAGUUAAAAAAAUUAAAAAUGGUGAUUUAAUCUGAAGCAGAGAGAGCUAUUUCUGGGAGCAGAGUGACCUUGUUUUCCACAGUUUCAGGUCUUAAAACUGAAGCAAGUAAAUGAAAAUUCAUAAAAUUGCUACUCAGAAGACUCAGAGCAGGAAGGAACUGUUAGGUAAGACACAGCAGGCAAGAUAAAGAAAAAUCUAGACAGAAGAAAAAGCCAUAAUGGUCAAUGCAAGUUCCUUAAAUGAAACAGAAUUAAGGUCAGAGGCAAUAGCAGCACCUUAUUCCAAUUUCUUGCUUCAAGAAUGGAAUAAAAGUUGCUGCAGGCCCUUUUUCUUGAGUUCCCUGCAGUCCUUUCCACAGGCGUACUUGCCCCUCCCACACUUCCCCAUGUUACUAUGCAGCAUAUCUGCAUCAGUGCUGAAGGGAUUUUAGUAUCUCACAUUAGCACAGACUCAGAGGCACUGCAGGAACUUGAAUGGCAUUAAAGGCACUAGGUUAUAUGAACAGUAGUGCUCAUUCAGGCUGAAGAUGUUAAUGUCAGGUUUCUAUGACCAGGUCUGAAUUGAACUGUGAUGGAAAGAUGGUCCCCAAUGGCUUUCUGCUAGGCCACCACACUGUAAAGGGUAGCUGUCAGAGACAGCUACAACAUUGCUUGUUAUGUACAGCAUAAGAGAGCAUCUAAAGUAUGAGAGAUUUAAUAUAUUUGCUUCUUGAACACUCAGUCUUCCACAAAGAGAACUGUAAUAAAAAGUACUUACAUAGUUUUAGGUAGAUAUUUUACAGAUUAUCUUAAUUAAAGAGAAAAAACCCACAACAUUGAGAUGCCUCUCUGCUAAUUUGUGUGACACCAGGAUUUUGCUGACUCCUCCCUUCCCUGAGGGCCCAGCCAGCCUCAUACAGGACACUGCAGUAACCAGUCCUGGUUACCCUGAAAUCCUGCUGCAGAUCAUCUUUGCUUACAUGUACCACACAGUCUACAUCACUGACAGUGCAAUGGUGAUUGCUGUUUCUACCGUAUCAAAUAAUUUAAUAUUUUUGCUGUUAAACUCAGGAAACUGGUCCUUUCUACCUGUCUCUUCUGUCAAGUAGACACUGUUGUUAAGUGCAAGAGGCUAGAGAUAUUUCAAAAUCUACUCAGUAUCAUAGCAUUUGGGUCCCAUAUGCUAACUUCAGACAGACUGUUCAGGAAAUGAAAAAGCAGCAGCAAUGUUUUGUCCUGUUUCCUUUGCUUUAUAUUGAAGAAUCUGACUGAUAAGUAGCUACCAAGCCAUAUCUAGGCAGUUUGCCCUAUCAGUGUGGCAGCACUUGUCAGAAAUACAAGACAGAUAUAAAGAAAUACCCACACCCUCUGAAUACACCCACAUUUUAGGUGUCAUCCACCCCCUGGUCAGUAGGAAAAACAGAAAGGUCAAAACUGCCACAUUCAAGUAAUAAUUUAACUUUCAGGGAAGCUGUGAUAGUGAAAUGGGCCCUUUCUAGUGGGAGGCAUACCGAAAUUAACGUUUUUGGUUGAAAUUCUUUCCGGUCAAACACUUCUGAUAAGCCUCCACUUUUGAGUACCAUUUUUUUGGUAAGGAGAUGCCAAACAACAUACAAGGACAAAAAAACAGCAGCAAACACAGUUAAGUGUUGGUCAAGUUAAGUUGUAUUUCAUACCCCACUCAAAACAAGCAGACUGCUUCCUUACUGACACCGUUAGGCUCUGGAACAUGCUUUCGCCAGCUCCUCUGCAAGGGGGGAACCUAAUGCCUACAU